UUCGGACAGACUUUUGGUUGACAAACUUGCGGCCGAUAGCAACAGUGUAGCACGCUAUGACAGACAAAGAGAUCCCCAACGAUGAGGGAGUUCGAGAACGGUGUGCGGCUCGUGCGCCGAAUGCUUGCGGGCUUUUGUGUCUGUGCGCCGGGAUGACGCUCCUCUUCGUUGCCUUCCAGGAAGCGCAAAAUGCGGCACCACAGCGCAUCAGUGAAGCCGGCUUGGGAGAUUUUGGCUUCUAUACGCUGGCCAACUUCUACUUCUCGUUGCUUCUUGGAAAUCAGGUGGCUCCUUAUUUUAUUCAACGCAUGAGUGGAAGAGUCACUUUGCCAAUCGCCGCGGUUGGCUUCGUUUUGUUUAUCGCAUCUUUGCUGACCGUGAGCCACCUUCCGAGGAAGCUGAUCGAAAACGCUCCAGUUGCCAUCGCUGUGAUGGUUCAAUUGGUGACGCUCUUGAGCGGCCUCAUUGGAGGACUACUGUGGCCUUCACAGGGUUACGUUCUGACGCACUAUGCUCCCGAGCAUUUGUUAAACUGGUACAUGUCGAUUUUCUCGCUUUGCUUCUUUGCAAGCGGAUUUUUGGGCCCAGCAGUUGUAGCACCGGAGCUUCUGACUGGUCCCGACAACUUGGUGGCACCAGUGACUUUAUUGGUUCUGGCAAUCUCAGGCGUCCUGUUCCUUUGUGCUCUUCCCAGCGACGGACCCGCCGGCGACGCAAGCGACGACUCGGAGGGCUUGCGCUCGCGCUCUUCUCGAUCGCCACGGGCCGUGGGCCCAGCACGGCUGCUCUGGGAAGCACCGGCACGGCGCUUGGGCUUUGUGGCCUUGGCUGAAGGCUGGUGCUUAAAUGCUUUUGUGUCCGUGGUGCCGCCGAUUCUCACAGCGAGCUGGAUUGCACGCUCUGACUCUUCCUUCCAUGAGAAGUUCCAGCUGGUCUUGUUGAUGAACGGUUUUGGUCACAUCGCAGCGAGUCUGCUCUACGCACCUUUGGCAAACCGCUUUGGAAGGCAGGUGAUGGUGUUCUUUCAAGCCUUGGUGUGUCUCCUCACUGCUGCUUUGGCCAACCUGGACUUGCUUUUUGGGAACGGUUCGGAUGCCCUGGAUGUGGGGACCUGUGCGUUGUCGACGGGCUUUUUCCUCGGCUUUGGCAUCAUCAUGGCGAGGACCAACAACAGCGCUAUUUGUGCCCAUUUGUACAGAGAGCGCGCAGGCAGUGCUUUUGCUUUCCUGGCCUCAGCCCGAGGGCUGGGAUCCAUCCUGGGACUGCUACUGUUGCCAACUAUGUCAAGCCAUUGGCCCAAGCUCGCUGUGACGGGCUCGCUGGGCUGGCUUCUCGUGGCCUCACUUUGUGCAGGGCUGCAUCAGCCCUUGUUUGGAGUGCAGUCCGAAAGAGCCGAGUUAGAAGGUGAAUCCGAAUCUACUGAGGAUGUUUGAAUUGGGAGUGCAAGAUGUGAAGCUAAGCCUGCCACUUUGGCUCAGCAGUGUACAGUUGGACAAAACGGGUGUUGAAGAUGAGGGAGAGCCGGUUUGCCUGUACAGAGACAGAGUCAAUUGUGCAAUGUACUGCUUCCACUCGCCA